UGCUUGACGCAUCCAGAGACUGUGCAGGGCCUGCACCAGAGGGAGAUAAGGAGUGCAAUGGAUGCAAUACUGCAGUUGUACCCUGCAGUAGAGAGAGCAGCCUGGUUCGACUUAGAAUGCCAGAUCGAUAUGGCAAUAUGGGCAGAGGGCAGGCCGGCAGCGCGAGGGAAGAGGGAGAAGGUGAGGACGAAGGAAAGAGAGGAAAGAACUAGGAGAGAAGUGAGACGCAGGGGAGUUCCUAGGCGCAACGUCACAUGGGAAGGGAGGGUAGACGACCCCAUGAAAACGGACGAACCACAAUGGCUGUUUAAUGAGAAUCGUAAACAGCCGGACGAACAGCCCCCACCGGUGGUUAGAGAAUCAAAGGUGAAAGGAAUGGAAGCGGUGAAUACAGGACAGGAGGAUCGAAUGGGAGGUGAGUUGGCGGGGGCUGGUCCAGAAAGCAGUCGCCAGGGGAGGUGGAAGCAAUACGACAACGGGCAAAGUAGGAAGGGGAGUGAGAGGAAAAUUGAAAAGAAGCAGGGUAAAGUGAAAGAGGGGUUGCAGGAGGUUAAUGCGGAGAAGCGGUGGGGAGAGGAGAGAUGGGGAGCGAUCACAGCCUACGGGCCAACGGAGAUUGGGACGCGAAGGAGAAUGUGGGAACGGAUCCAAGCUUUAAUACCUGAGGUGGGCAAGAUCAUCAUUGCAGGCGAUUUCAAUUCUGUACUGACCCCUUCGCUGGAUGCGGUGGGAGACAGGCAGAUGGAAGUUGACUCGCUGGCGCUGGUGAAUGUUCUGGGAGGGCUGGAUGGCAUGUUAAUGCAUGUAACAACGGCACUGCAAGAUCUGCGAAGUAAAUUGAACAAGCAGUUGAGGGGCAGCUAUCUGGCCCACCGAAGAACGGGGGAGGAAUAUGUCGGGAAGCUGGAAGAGUUGAACUCUGGCCCCGUGGAAGGCCAGUCGGACGAUGAAUGGUGGGCAGAAAGGGUGGAGGCCGCUCGGGGGUGGAGGCCGCUCGGGGAUGGAGGGAGUGGCAGGAGGAGGAGGCAACCAGUUCUUCGCUGCGCUGGAGAAGAAAAAGGAGGCCCCGCUGAAUCGGCGCUGAUGACGGCAAUGGACCACCCGUUCGACGGCCAGCGGGAUAGGCAGCGCACCACAAGGGGAAUCUUAAAGCAAAAGAAGGAGGCAGAAGAGCAGCUCAAGCUACAACUGGCCAGAGUAGCUGAAUUGGCACGGCAGGAGGCUGCUGAGCUAGAGGCUGCAACAGAUCACUCCAGAAGGGAGUAUCUGUUGCAGCAGCUAGAGAGGUCACUCAUCGAUGACCGUUGUGCCCAGAUCACCAAGCAUAUGCCUGAGAUGGUCCUGCUGGAGCACAAGAUCACCAGCUCCCAGUUCACAAACUGGGAUGACCGUUUUGUGCGGUUGGAGCGUCGGGUUGACGAGCUGUCAGCUCAUCAGUCCAAGAUCCUGGACUCCAUCCAGGGCUUGUCUGCUCAGCUGGCAGCCACCAAGCUGAUCACUCCCCAGCUCCCUCUGCUGCAGCCGAAAUCCUCUCCUCCUCCCUCGUGACCUCUUUCACCUCGUCCAUCCCAUGCCGGAUCUGCACAUUCUUCCCGGUCAUCUACCCCUUCCCAAAAGGCAUCAGCAAAG